UAGGACAAGAGAUGAAUAGAGCAUAGCAAAAUUCAAUGUAAACUCGUAUGAUUAAAUAUAAUGCAAUAAUAAUAACGAUACGUGGCGGAGUAAUUUUAUAACAAUGGUUACGACGAAGAGGUGCGCUUGGGGAACCUGCAAAAGCGAUUCGCGGUAUCCUGAUAGUUUAAAACGAGACGCAAGUAGAAGCAAAGUAUUUUUUUUACAUUUUCCUGGGGAGAAAUACCAUAGCGACAAGCGAGAGCGCUGGAUUCGUGCGUGUCAUCGAGGUGACAGAUUUGUGUGUACGAAAGACAGUUAUAUUUGCAGUCUUCAUUUUGUGGGAGAAAAUGGUCCUACUGUAGAUAACCCAGACCCUAUUUCAGCGAUACAAAGUAUUGAGAAUAGAAGAAAACUAACGGGAAAACGAAAAACACCAAUGACGCGAGUAUAUAAUCCACCACCAAAACGAGCGUCAAUCUCAAAAAAAGAUGCAGCAGAGGCUCUUCUUUACUUGAGCGAAAGGGAACACGCUAAAAGAGACGCAGCUGACGGCCUCCUAUCCUUAUGUGAAAAUAGUACAACAUCCCGUGAUAUGCAAGAGGACCAAGACGAACUUCUUCUUGUUGUAAAGAAAAAAGAUGCUGCUGUUCAAACCAACCUAACUAAUAAACAUCUUAAAACUUAUGCGACUGAGUCAUUUGUUAACACCAGCAGUAUACAGAAAUGCAUGUUUUUAGAAAAUGUGGUUAAUGAUUCUGCCCAUUAUACAGGCCUAUCAGGUGAAAUGUUGAAAAUACUGUUUGAGUUCGUGAAAGCAAAGGCUUCCAGGCUUAUCAAAUGGAAAGGGAAGAAAACAGCAAAAUAUAAACAAGAAAAAAAGAGCAGUGCUAGGAUCCACAAAACUUCUACAUGGGCUAAACUUUCAGUCUAUGAGCAAUUUAUAUUCACAUUGGUCAGGAUCAAAAGAUUCCCUAGUCUCAAGAUGUUAUGUGAUUUAUUUGGAGUGUCAGAAACUGUUGGUAGCAGCAUAUUCUUGACAUGGGUGAAGUUUCUUGAGAAGGAAUUAAAGUUAUUUAUUCCAUUUACAACUUUGAAAGACAUGGAAGGAAUAACCCGCCUAAAGUUUACGAAUCUAAACCAUGUCGUGCAAUAA